UGGAGAGAGUGCAGAUGAACGUAAAGAGAGAAAAACUACAGAAACAACAGAGAUGACAAAACCAGUGAGAGACAUAAAAAUCGUGUUUUGCUGGGGUAAUGACAGCUGUCAUUACGCGCAAAUCUCCUGCAGUUCCAUAACCAAACAAUAUCCAUUCCGCAACACAGUCUACGGUUCUUUCAACCUCUGAAUGUUAAAUUAAAAAUUGUGAAAUGUCAACGGCUAAACUAAACGCUUCGGUCAUAUCUGAAAAAGUGAGUAAAAUCCGAUGGAUUCCAGAACAGUACAGUGCACCGCAAUCAUUCGUCACCGGCAACUGGGACUUUGGAUCGAAUAAUGUUCGGAUAUGGACGUACACACACAAUGAUUUGACCGAUGAGGACGUUGAAUAUGUUCCGAAAUCCACGGCAAAAGUGAAUAUUGCAGGCGAUGUGACCGGAAUCGAAUUUGUAAAUUUGGACAACUUUUUGGUGUCGUCCAGCAAUGGACUCGUCAAUCUGUUCAACAUCAAUAGAGACCUGGCUGCAAAUAACUUAGUUCAGAAACACGCAUUCAAGGGAUUGCACAAAUUUCAUGGUGAGACUCUAGCUCCGUGUACAGAUCUAUCAGUUUGUGGUCACAGUGUCGCUACGGUUGGUGAAGAUGGGAGACUGAACAUCGUUAAUCUUAACGGAAUGAAUGUAAUGAGGUCUAUCGGCGAUGCUGACAGUUGCUCCAUCAUAUGUGUUGAUUUUAUCAAUCAGAAGGAGAUUCUAACCGGAAAUCGGAUGGGACUAAUCAAAAUUUUCGACAGUCUGUCCGACCAAAAACAACCCACCACAACUUUGAUGGCUUCCUGUGAGAACGACAAAAUCUCGAACGCUGUCAGUGCCAUCACUCAUCAUCCCAAUCAAACUCACAUUGUCCUUAGUGGUUGCGAGGAAGGCUCCAUUACCGUUUGGGACCUUCGGCAGCCCGAAUAUCCUGCAUCCUAUGUGAGCGCGCACGACACAGCCAUCACAGAGAUCGCUUUUCAUCCCACCGAACCGGUGAAAGUGUAUACGGCGUCUGAAGGCGGCGAAUUGUACCAGUGGCUGAAUAAUUCCAAUGAAUUUACCAUUGACGGCAUGGAUCGACAACCGAGUCAAACGGAAACGAUCAAUCCGUGGCUGAGUGGCGAACGGACAAAGAAUACGAUUUCGUGGACGCCGCUUAUCAGUGGACUUCAUAAGUCAAUCAAUUCGUUUAGUGUUUGUGGUGCGAAAAUGGUCUGUAGCUCCGACAACGAGGCCGUUUAUUUUAUAGACAAUUGUAUCUGAAGUUAACCAUUAAAAGAUCACGUUUUUGUAA